AUGAGUUUAAAAUAAUUGUUAUCAAUUAAAACAUCCUUGAAGCUCUCCAAACUGAAGAGACUGAAAAUCUAAUAUGAAAAUAAUAUUAUUAGCUUUCAUAAUCAAAUCAUCAAAAUUUAAGAGAUUUCAAAGUUAAAGAGAUUAUAUAUAAAUAAUCGAAAUUAGGAUAAUUCAUAUAAUAUAUACCUAAAAUUAUUUUACUUUUUCAACUCUCUUUUUGAUGUUGUUUCUCUUAAAACUAUUGAAGAUAUUGCCUUUUUCAAAAGAUAUCAAUGUUAGUUGUUUAAUGGUGAACCUUAAUGCAGAAUUAUUUCAUUAUGAUACAUAGCAAUUGAAAUUUAAUCCUAAAGAUAAUUAAGAGUCUUCAAAGAAGAAUUAGAUUAUUUAUAUUACUUUCUUAACACAGUCAAUAACGAUUAUCCUAAAAUGGUUGUAUAACAAUUAAUCUAUUUAUUGUUCAAUCUAAACUAGUAGAUAACUACUAACUCAAUCUUGGAUUAUUUAGUUAUAAUUUAGGUGUUUGGAAAAGAUAAUUUGAUUUUAUUAAGGAAAUUUCAAAAUAAUCAAAAUAUCUUUUGUGUAAGGCAUUUUUUGAUUAACAAAUAAAUGAGGAGUUGUAAUUAAAAUAAGGAAUAUAUAAAUGAAUUUUCAACCUUUAUACCAUUAGCUAUUGUAAAAAUGAGAUCUUUAUAACAGAUAAGACAAAUAGCAUAAUCUUACCUAACUUUUGUUAUGAUAAUUUAAAUUUUGAUGUAAUUUUAUAUUUCUCCAAAAUAGAUUUUUAAAAAGAAAAUUAUUCAUAAGUAACAUUAAGUUCAAUUAGAUAAUAUUUGA